CAAAUUUACUUUACUAAGUUUUUAAUACUAUUUAGACCAAACCAGAAGUAAAUGGUUUUUCGUAACGAAAAGUUUCAGAACGUCAAAUCUCAGACGAAGAACUCUCCUGUGAAACUUCCCGAAGAUGCUAGUUAUGGCGGGAUGAUUUCCGUUUUUUAAACAAAUAAUGUCUUUGAGGAGCUUUCUGUUUGGUUCUGUAGCGUCAUACGCGUCCGUCGUAGUCUAUUACAUGGUCACAGAUAAAAAAGCAUUACCAGAGUCAUCCUCCAAGUUAGAAUCAGCCAGCAAAUCUAUCCUCACCCACGGCAUCCCUGAUAGGGGACCUAACAUCCAAGUCUAUGACAACCAUGUUUUAUCAUAUGACCAGGCAAAGAAAACCCCUAUUUGGGUUGCAGAGAGAAUCACACGAGAGCAUGUUAAUGGACCUGCAGACAGAAAGAACAUCAGAUUCAAACCUGAUCCAGACGUACCAACAAGAUUUAGUGCAGAUAACUCUGAUUACUUGAGGAGCGGAUGGUCUAGAGGUCACAUGUCACCGGCUGGGGACAAUAAGUACUCCCAGGAGGCCAUGUCUCAGUCUUUUUAUCUGUCCAACAUUGUACCUCAAAACUUGGAUAAUAACGCCGGAUUUUGGAACCGGCUAGAGAUUUACUGCCGUGACCUGACACAGCGAUACAAUGCUGUUACAAUAUUCAGUGGCCCACUCUCUCUUCCAUCUCCAAUAGAGGACGGCAAACUGGUCGUCACUUACCCUGUUAUAGGAAAAAACCAAGUGGCUGUUCCAACUCAUUUAUAUAAAAUCAUCAUUGUGGAGGAUAAGAAUUCUAAACCAAUUGGGAUUGGUUCAUUUAUUGUGCCAAAUAAGCCAAUCGGAUUUGAGCAUGCAUUGACUGAAUAUCAGGUACCCUUAGAUGAAGUUGAAAGAAAAACUGGAGUCACAUUCACACCAAAGCUUGACACUUCUGGCCUUCGUGAUCUGUGUGAGAUAGACUCUUGUAAACUCAUGCAGAAAGGUGAUUUUGAUUCAUAUUUCAUAGGUAGACGUUUGAAGAGUGCUAACAAUAGACAAACUCUCGAAAAAGCUUGGAAAGAAUUGGACGCCAAAAAAAUAACUCCGACCCAAUAUCAUAUAGAUGUAUAUAAACAAAAGAUGGAGGAAUUUAAGAAUAAUGAGAGAAACAAAUCAGAGGAGUGAAAAUGAGUGUUAAACAUUCAGAGAUACACAGAUAUUAAAUUAGAUGCUGAAAGUGUGUCUUGUGGAUCUUGUACAAAGAAUUUUUUGCUUUUGAUCUUUCUUUUAACAAUACAUGUGUGUAUUUCUUUUCUUAUGAACCUUUGAAUUCAGAAACAACUUUUACUGGUCAUGUAAACAUGUAUUUCAUCAGAAUAUAUUAAAUAUAUUAUAAAAUUAAAAUAUAUUAAAAUAUAUUAAAUAUUAAAUAUAAACAAUAUAUUUAAUGUUCAAAAUCUGGGUUAAGUUAUUUGGAAAAACAAAAUACAAAUUGUAUUCUUUUACUGUUAAGCAGCUUGGUCAAAAAACAUCACCUUUUAUGUUCUCUUGACUUGUAAUAAAGAAUAAAACAAGGAGUUCCUUGUGCUUUAUAACUCUA